AUGCCACCACUCAAAACCAACCCAACAAAGAAGAACCUGCCACUUGCUCGAAAGGCCUACCUUAUUAAAGAGUACGACGACCUCCAGAGCAAGAAUGUCAAGGUCACAAACAAGAGCCUUGCUGACAAGUACAGCGUAUCUCCCACAACGGUCUCGACAAUCCUCAAGCUCAGGGAUGGAAUCCUUACCUUUAAAGAGCAAGCAACCGAGGAAGCGAAUAAAAGGACAAAACUGUAUAAACGCAACAUGCUGCCUGUCGAGGACGCACUUAUGGGGUGGUUUAGAAAGCAGCGAGAUCAAGUGGAUCGGUCGACCUUGAAGCUGUAA